AUGGUCUUCGUCUUCGUGCUCGUGCUCCUGCUCUUCUCCAUCGUCCAGGACCUGGACAAGGCCGAGCAUGUGCUAGACGUGUUUGAGUACCGCCUUCAGGGCUGCGGGCCGGUCAUCAGGAUGUUGGUCACCGCCGCGGCCUCGAUGAAUUUCAACACAAGGAGAUUCGUCCUCCCAGGCAUUGUCGUGUACGCCUACUGCGCCCUCGUACUGGCCGGCCCCGCGACCCCAGGGUUUGCGCAGGCGGUGUAUUUUCUCUUCUGCGGGCUCGUUGUCGGCGUGAUCUACCACGCCGAGCAGUUCUGCACCACGGUGUUCCUUGGCAAGAGGGCCGUGAAGCUCACCCGCGAGGCGUUCGCGGACGAGGUGGCACGGGACGCCAUCGAGCGAAUCAAGAGCCCUCUGCACGCGCGGGCGCUGGCGUUUUGGGACCACCGCUUCUACGCCAUGUGCCUCGGAGCGUUCGCGUUCCUCGUGGUGGUGUUCACCGAAACGUUCAUGGACGCCGUGCCUCUGUUAGAUGUCCCAAGAGUCUUCAAUGCUGGCAUAUUCCAGGAAGUGCCCGGAGACGCCAACAAUUGCACCAACGUCAUUAGCAUGCUCGCCGUCUCCUCGACAAUUGCUGUGCUGUGUUACACUUUUGUCUGGACCUGCUCUUACAUGUUGACGACCAGAUGUGGCCAUGGCAGUUUGGGUGUGAUCCUCGCGCCGUUCCAUUGCAUUAUGUGGAAUUUUGCUCUUUGGAUGGCACUGUGGACGGUGGCGUACGUGCCCGUGCUCAAGUCCACAUGA